AUGGAUCACCGCGGCCAGCGGCCCCCACGCUCAGCUCGCCCUCCACACUCUACUUCACCUCCAGUCGACCUCGAUCACCCUAAUGUACCAUAUCGACCGCCACUCAUACAAGAUGCCGGCAGAGGUAUCUCUUUCCAAGACAGAGAGCGUGGUGAUCGCAGCGAACCUCUUGACGAAACGCGUCAACGUUCGUACACGGCAUAUCAGAAUACGUCGCCUUCCAUGCUAGAUCCCUCUGCUGCCGAAAGCGGACUUGCGGACGGUAGAGUGGGCAGGAAGAAGAGUCUUGUCAAGCCCGACCGCGAGAAGAUAGACCCAGGCCAUCGACAGUGGCAUUAUCGUCAUCAUGCUGCCGAAAUGCAAGAUCAGGGAGGUGGCAAGACCGUACCAUCCACUACCGGCAAUGUUCCUAUGAAGCAGCAAAUGCGCCGAGGUCGCUCGAUCCUUGGUCGGGAGGAGGAUCAACAAGAAUCUGGUCUUGCUCUAUUCAAACGCGGGACCUUGCGGAAGAAGGAAGUAGCAACGCCACUAGCUACUAAAGACACCCCCUCAAGGAGCUGUUUGGACGGUUUGGGUCCAGGACCGAAGAAUGCAUGGUUCAUUUAUUGCUAUGUUUUGACCUGCCUUGUCCCACCUUUCCUACUCCGUGUUUGUGGUAUUCGCACCCCGGAACAGCAGCGCGCAUGGCGUGAGAAGAUGGGUCUCAUAGGCAUCAUCGUAUGCCUCAUGGCAGUGGUCGGCUUCAUCACUUUCGGAUUCACAGAGACGGUCUGUGGCACUCCUGCAAAUUCGUUUGUCGCUGGUACCGUCGAGAAUGCGUCAGUUAUCAUCCAUGGCUACGACUACGACUUCUCGAAAUUUAAUCAUCCCGCUGUUGGCGAUUUCAAUGGUCACACUAACCCGUUGUUGGUCGGUAAUUGGAGUGUCGGAGGAGCCGAUAUUUCUUUCAUGUUUCAGAAUACCAACGGCGCUUGCCAGAGCUUCAUCACCAAAGCAGCCAACUCUACCAUUACAGGGAGCACAAAUAAUCUGGAGUGGUAUUUCCCAUGCAACGUCUACAACCAGUAUGGUACAUCGGGUGUCAACUUAACCAAUUACGGCACGAACACGACUUGUCACACCUCCUCUGCGGCGAGACAACAAUUGGCUUCCAUGAAGCCGUUGGGUAGGGUGUCCUACACCUGGGGCAAUGUCAGCAACCCAAAUCGUAAUCUAGCGGUUUAUGAUACAUCAAUCUUCAAUCUCGAUCUGCUGCAAUGGCUCAGUCCAGCUUAUGUCAAUUAUCCAUCCGUCUUUGACGAGAUGAAGCAUGCGAAUGGGACGUUCAAUGGGAAGGACCUCAGCAUGUACUUCCUGCGGACGAACCAGAAGGAACUCGCAAAUUGCCUGAAAGAAACCAUCACAGUUGGAUUUAUCGAUACCGAGACCAUCGGUUGCGUGGCGUCUCAGGUCGUGCUGUACGUCUCCCUGGUCUUCAUCAUCGGUGUCGUCAGUAUCCGCUUCGGCAUUGCGGUAUUCUUCGCGUGGUUUUUCUCGUGGAAGAUUGGCAAUUUCGGCGAAGAGACAUACGAACAGCGGAGGAAACGCGCCUUGGAAAUCGAGAACUGGACGGACAAUAUUUACAGACCUGCACCGAGUCAGUACAGGCCGAAUGUCUACAAGAACGGGGUCGCCAAGGGCGGGAAGCGAAAUAAUUUCCUACCGAGCCAUUCUAGGUUUACACCAGCGGAGAAUAUGAUCAAAGGUCCCGGAGUCAACGGCAGGCAGUCUACCGCAUACGGUAUGCUAGAACCUAUACCAUACAAGAGGAGCGCCACUGCCAGCGUGUAUGGGUCGUCGAGUGCGAGGAGCGUCUCCAAGCUUAUACCUCCCGAUACCCCCGCAUAUCGCCAGUCGAGGACUUCGCUCAUAGAUGGAACCCGGAGCCUGUUUGCCGACAACCAGUGUCCUUUUCCAUUGCACAAUGUCGUUCCCCAACCACCUCCUGACUAUGAACCAUUCAACUACCCUCUCGCCCACACCAUCUGUCUCGUCACUGCAUACUCAGAGUCCGUAGAAGGUCUCCGCACGACGUUAGACUCCCUCGCUACCACGGACUACCCUAAUAGCCACAAGAUUAUCCUGAUCAUCGCAGAUGGCAACGUGAAGGGUGCUGGGAACACAAUGACGACGCCGGAGAUCUGUCUGACGAUGAUGAAAGAGUGCAUCGUCCCGCCGAAUGAGGUGGAACCGCAUUCCUAUGUUGCUAUUGCUGACGGCCAUAAGCGCCACAACAUGGCGAAGGUCUAUGCCGGGUACUACGACUACGACGAUGCGACGGUCGAAAGGUCCAAGCAACAGCGCGUCCCUGUGGUCCUCGUGGCCAAGUGCGGUAACCCUCUCGAGGCGAACGACGCCAAGCCCGGGAAUCGUGGAAAGCGUGACAGUCAAAUUGUGCUCAUGGGCUUCCUCCAGAAGGUCAUGUUCGACGAGCGCAUGACGACGUUCGAGUACGAAUUCUUCAAUUCGAUCUGGCGGGUGACGGGUAUCAGUCCGGAUCGUUACGAGCUGGUACUUUGUGUCGAUGCGGAUACGAAGGUCUUCCCCGAUUCACUAAGCCGGAUGGUGUCUUGUAUGGUUCACGACUACGAAAUCAUGGGCCUUUGCGGUGAGACGAAGAUUGCCAAUAAGGCCGAGACGUGGGUCACCAUGAUGCAAGUCUUCGAGUACUACAUUUCCCAUCACAUGACGAAAGCUUUCGAGUCCAUGUUCGGUGGUGUGACUUGUCUCCCCGGUUGUUUCAGUAUGUACCGUAUCAAGGCACCAAAGGGGGACUCUGGUUACUGGAUUCCGAUUCUGGCGAACCCCGAUAUCGUGGAACACUAUUCGGAGAACGUCGUCGAUACCUUGCACAAGAAGAACUUGCUCCUGCUAGGAGAGGAUCGAUACCUCACAACCCUCCUCCUCAAGACCUUUCCCAAGCGCAAAAAUAUCUUCUGUCCUCAAGCUGUCUGCAAGACAAUCGUACCAGAUACUUUCAAGGUUCUAUUGUCGCAACGUCGUCGUUGGAUCAACUCCACUGUACAUAACCUCGCUGAACUUGUUCUUGUCCGUGAUCUGUGUGGUACCUUUUGUUUCUCUAUGCAGUUCGUUGUCGGCAUGGAGCUUGUUGGAACGCUCGUGCUUCCAGCUGCCAUCUCUUUCACUAUUUAUCUCAUCAUUGAAUCCAUCAUACCCGGUGGUCCUAAUACCACGAUUCCGCUCAUUCUAUUAGCUAUCGUUCUCGGACUGCCUGGCGUCCUCAUCGUGAUCACGACCUUCAAGAUUACGUACGUUGGCUGGAUGAUUGUGUAUUUGCUGACCCUGCCUAUUUGGAACGGUGUCCUGCCGGCGUAUGCCUUCUGGCACUUCGACGACUUCUCGUGGGGUCAGACGCGGCAGAUCUCAGGCGGAAGCAAGAAGGAUACUGGCCAUGGCGAUAAAGAGGGAGAGUUCGAUUCCUCGCAUAUCGUCAUGAAGCGGUGGGCCGAAUUCGAGCGCGAGAGGCGGUGGAAGAGUGGUACGCAGUCGAGAGACUCCACAGUAUUCGAUCAUCGUUCGUAUUCUCCGAAGAGGAGUGACGAUCGUCACUCCUUGGUGUCGGUACCCGACGGGCAGACCUAUCCUCAGCAAUUUGAUGAGAGCACAUACGAAUCCUCGAACAAUGGGUACCCACGUCCACGGUACGACAGCAACCAAUUACUCAUGCUUCCGGCUCCGUUGUCUGUCAACAAUCGUCCAGUUGGUUCGACGUCUGCAUCUGUCUCUACCUCGGGCCUGUCCCGCUCCAGUGAGGAGGGUAACGCGUCCGACAUCGGUUCCCAGCAACGGCUGGUUUCUAGUGCGCAGGAUUAUCAUGAAGGUUACGACAACACGCCGUAUUCUCCCCAGCCAGCCCCAUACCAGGGUGCUGGAUUCGAGGAGAAGGUGUCACGCACCGCGGGGGCGCACAGUGGAGUCCUCCGGCAGGCCACUGUGUCUAACCAGUAUCCAGGAGAGACAUACAAUCCGUACUUCCAACAACCUCCCACUGGGUACGAGGAUACGCCCAUUCCAUUCACCACCGAUCCGGAUGACAUGCCCAUCUUACCCACGCCUGCGUCGCCCGCUCGUACCAGGCAACGUGGCAUCAGCCUAGCGGACAAUGGUCCAGUCCCAGGGCCCGGCGGCGUACGGCGUGUGGCGAGGCAGUCAAACGCCAAACGUGCGUCCUCACAGGCGCCUCCGCAGAAUCGGUAUUCCCGGUCAUCGUCAUCUCCUCACACGAACCUUCCCCCUGGUGCUGCUCCCCCACAGCCUGGCUACGGGUAUUGA